UGCCCAUCAAUGCCACAUAUCAGUGCCCAUCAGUGCCGCCUAUCAGUGCCAGUCAGUGCCGCCUAUCAGUGCCAGUCAGUGCCGCCUAUCAGUGCCAUAUAUCAGUUUCAUGUAUCAGUGCUGCCUUUCAGUGCCCAUCAGUGAUACCUGUCAAUGCCCAUCAGUGCAACCUACCAGUGCCUCAACAAUGCCCAUCAGUGCAGCCUAUCAGUGCCCAUCACUGCAGCCUCAUUAGCGCACAUCAGUGAAGGAGAAAAAUCACUUAUUUACAAAAUUGUAUAA